UUAAAGAAGACUCUCGUGUGGCAUAAACCGAGUUUAGAUCCGAUCCUGAAGUUAUUAGCCGUUGUUGACGUCAUAUGCAAUGCACGAGGAGGAGUCUCUUUAUUAAAAUACUGACUUGGAUACUCGAGAAAACUUCAUGACUCUGCAGCGGGAGUAAAUUCAAAUCACAUUUGCGCGGCAGCCUUUCAUUAGACGGUUUAUGCUGUCAUAUUAGACAUUAAAGUUUCGUGAUUUAAACUCCGACAAGAAGCAUUUUCUCAUAGGGCAUUGUUUAUUAUUAAACUCGGGUUUUAACGUUGAACAUUCUGUAUUCUCACUGACUCGUCAUGAUGGACAAUUUGAUGCCACGAUCAAUUUAUUAAACCUCAUUAAAUAACAGGGUAGAAGAAAAUUGAACGACUGUCAUGUUUAUCACACUUCGAACAGAGCUGAAAAACAACCCACCCAGCUCUCACUACUUCAUUUGAGCAGCACUGACAUUUUAGGACCCUGUCUGCUUCCAGUUUCAUCGAUGUUAAGAUAUGAAAUGAAAACAAAAAGCAAUUUGUGGCACAAGCCUGAUUGAUCACCUCAUUUUGUUGAGUUACACGAAAUAAGCAACCCGAAUUAUAUUGUCAAAUAGACUGCGACCAGCUGGAACAAAGAUCUGCCAAUCAUUAAACAUUUCGUGGAAAUUUCCUAAUUGAUCAAUCUUUUCGAGCGGAUGCCGACAUCAAGUCGAACAGUUAUCCCGCCUUCACUAGGACAUAAAUAUAGAUACGUUACUAAGUGAAGAAACCAGAAAAAAAAAUCAUUUGCCAGCGUAAGAGCGGAAAAAGAAACUGAACGGCGAUGUCGGAAAACGUGAAUAGAACGAUGAAUGGAACACAGUCAUGGAGCUGCCCCAGCAAUCCUAGAGCAGAAAAAAAUUGGAAUAACAUUUGCUUACUGCCUGAUCUUCAUUUUUUCGUUGGCUGGGAACACCGUCAUUGGAAUUAUUGUCUACAAGACGAAAACCAUGAGAAAACCCAUCAACUUUUUCAUUGUAAACAUGGCCAUGUCCGAUCUGCUGUUUCGGAUUUUCUUGAUUCCUUUGGAGAUACAAACGCUCUAUAAAGACUCCUGGUUGAUCGGUGGUCCUUUUGGCCAGGUCUUAUGUAAGCUGGUUGCCUUCUUAACAGAAGUUUCCUCUACUGUGUCCUUUCAGAGCCUGGUUCUGAUAGCAGUGGAUCGAUUUGGUGCUGUGGUAUUUCCUCUCCGUUCUCCACUCAUCAGUUCAAAUCUGUGCCUGUUUAUUAUUCUCGCCACUUGGAUCGUCGCGAUAGCUGUUUAUUCCCCAGUUCUCUUCGUCUGCAAAGUUGUUGAACAUCCAGAGAAGCUGGUUUGUCAGCAGAACUGGAAUGAACUUUUUGGAGAAUCCUCAUCCCAUGAGAAUUAUUUCGUGUCCUGUAUAGUUGUAUUCACUUUUAUCCCGUUGGUGUUGAUAACCAUACUUUACGUUACCAUCUUACUAAAGCUCAAGUCACAGAGGAUUCCAGGAGAGCAAUCAGCCAACGCUGGACAACAACGCCAGCAAAGGGAGCGAAAUUUGCUAAAGAUGGCCAUUGCUAUUGUGCUAGGGUUUACAUUAUGCUGGCUGCCCUUCACUAUCCUCUUGUGUAUUCUCCUCUUUACGGACACCAUCAUAUGUCCGAAUUGUGUCGACCUAUACUUUGUAUAUGUCGUUAGGUUAAUGGCUAUCGCAAAUUGUGCGAUAAAUCCUUGUAUCUGUUUAAUUUUCAGCAGAAAUUAUCGUAAUGGGCUUAAGGCUCUCUUCAGAUAA